AUAAACUAUCUUUAAUUGAGCCAAAAUUUAAAUACAAUUACUAAUGGUUGUAUUUUCAAUUUGUAAUGUUUCUCUAUUGCUUUUCGAGAUAAAAAUUAUGUCCUCUUGCCAAAUUGCUGUAUUUUGGAAAAUAAAAUAAAAAUUGACCAAGAAAAGAAAUAAAAAGAGAGGAUUAAAGAUGCUAAGCCUGAGAAUAAGUGACUCGCUGGAAUAAUGAUGGAGAUUCGGAUGAUGAGUGCAAUGUGGUGUUGGAUGAGCAUACUGCUGCUGCUGCUGUUACUAACACUCUCAAAUGGUGUAGAAGGUACUGGACGUCUGAAGAGGCCCCUUGUUGUUAAUUUUGGAGACUCGAAUUCAGAUACUGGAGGGGUGCUAGCUGGUACUGGACUUCCCAUUGGCCUGCCGAAUGGUAUUACAUUCUUCCACAGGGGCACAGGCCGAUUAGGCGAUGGUCGUCUUAUAAUUGACUUCUUCUGUGAGCACCUGAAGUUGAACUACCUGAGCCCAUACUUGGAUUCACUGUCACCAAAUUUUACCAGCGGUGUUAACUUUGCUGUCUCGGGUGCAACCCUGCUGCCAAAGUUUGUUCCUUUUGCUUUGAGUGUCCAAGUUCGUCAGUUCAUUCACUUCAAAAAUCGAUCACUUGAGCUCCUUUCACUUGGAUCCAGGGACUUGAUCGACGAAGAAGGGUUCCGCAGAGCACUUUAUACGAUUGACAUUGGACAAAAUGAUCUUCUAUUGGCCCUUUAUGCAUCAAAUAUAACAUAUGAUCCUGUUGCUCAAAAAAUCCCAUCCUUUCUUGAAGAAAUUAGGUUGGCUGUGCAGGUAAGCUCUCAACUUUACCAAUAUGGUGGGAGAAAAUUUUGGAUCCAUAACACAGGGCCCUUAGGCUGUCAACCCAAAGAACUUGCCCUGCAUCCCCACAAAAGCAGUGACCUUGAUCGCGUGGGAUGUCUUCGUGUACAUAACCGAGUUGCAAAAACCUUCAAUAAGGGGCUCCGCACACUGUCUGAGGAUCUAAGAUCGGUGUACAAGGAUGCUGUCAUUGUUUAUGUUGAUGUAUAUUCUGUCAAAUACAGUCUCUCUGCCAACCCUGAAAAAUAUGGAUUCAAAAACCCAUUUGCAGCUUGCUGUGGUCAUGGGGCUCCAUACUUCUACGACAGAAACGCAACAUGUGGGCAGCCAGGUUACAGCAUAUGCAGCAAUGUAUCACAGUCCAUAGUUUGGGAUGGAGUUCAUUAUACUGAAGCUGCUAAUUGUGUAGUAGCUGCAAGAAUACAGUCAGGAGUUUAUUCUAGCCCGAAAAGUAAGCUUGAGCAAUUCUGGAACUAACCCCUGAUUUGCACUAAUAUAGGCUAUUACUAGAGUGAGUACAUUGAAUGUUUGCUUAAUCAUUUCUUGAAGUGGGAUUGAGCAGGAAAUUUAAAGAAAAACUUUGUAGUUUGGAA